CAGAGACACAUGAAUUGACCUAGUAAACAAUUCACUACGUGUUGAUGACCAUCUGCACAUAAUAUUAAUUAUAUAAAAGCUUGGUAGCGGUCACGUAUUUGCUGUUUUUAUACGUCUAUGUAGACCUUCUCGUUGCCUGAAAUUAAAGAUUUGGAAUUGUUUCUUCACCAGAAUCAAUCUCUCAUCUUAUAAUCUUUUUACGGAAAGUUAGUUUGCAAUCUGAUUCAUGGCGGAGGCGAAACCGAGGACGAGUUUGACCGGCAGUAGCAGCAGAGAGUCGUUCAAGAGCAAGAAUCCGUUUAGCCGUAUGAUGAAAGACGAAGAUGAAAGCAAAAACAAGACAGGAUUGUCGAUGAGGAAGUCGUGGUCCACGGACUCGCUUGGUCUGCUCAGUAACAGCAACCGGUUGGGGAAGACGUGCGUUUGUGCUCCAACAAAGCACGAAGGGUCGUUCCGUUGCAGGCUUCACCGUUCAUCGGCCACCAGCCAAGGUGCAGCUACUACGCAACUUCAUCUCCCAAAGCCCUUGCUUUCUUCUAGUCGUCUCGACGACUAACAGUCUCUUGCGUUGUUCACAUAAAUCAAUAUGGUGCUGUCGUGGUUGUAUUGAAGAUUGUUCUUGCAGUCUUGCGUAAUUCACAAGAACUAAUAUGGUAACUUAUCGGUGAGAUUUUGAAAUAUUGUUCUUUUUCUUGGGCUGGUUUGGUUUGACCAUGUGCUAAUUUAUUUGGGAGGCCUGCAAUUCGCAGUACUGUAUUUCCUGACAAGAGUAUCCUUCUAAUAUUUGUUAUGACAAAGAA